AUGCUACCUCGCCAACGACCCGGUGAUUGCAUACUCUCUGUGAAUGGUAUCAGCCUGCUUGGAGUCACACACGAGGAGGCAGUAAGAACGCUCCAAUCAGCUGGUCCGCGUCUGAAACUGGUAAUCGAACGUGGAUAUCGGACGUCGGACAUGACGAACUCCAGUUCGUUCCUACUGGAUUCCCCCCACUUCCACUCCCGUCUAGGUCACGUUCCUCCCUCUCACCCUCGCCUCACUCACGAACCGAAUGACAGACAAAUGCCUCACCGUCCAACCGGUCCAGGCACAACCGUCGAGGAUGGUAAAUGCGGUAGUGUCGCUGUAACAAGCAGUAGUUUGGUUUCUGGAUCCUCGAUUGAACCUCAGUCAUCGGGAUCAAGAUCCGAAGCUGUUACAUACAAUGGAAUGUCGGAAAGGGUGAAACGGAGAGAACAGAGACCGAUGAAAGUGAAAACCGAUCAGAACAAGCCACGCGAUUCCAGUCAGGCUGCGAGUAAACAUGACACGGAGAAUAAGGGAACCUCGCCAUCUGCGAGACCUACUACAGUUUCAAGACGGUUAAAGAAAAGCGCUCCUACAAGCUUUCCUGCCUUCUCUUGGUGUGCCGGUCUCCAAAAAACCAACGGCUGCUCCGCCCUUCUUACUACCACCAACCGCCACAGUUCUGCUAGUCAACACCGCUUGUCUUCUCGUCGACGUGGCGAAGCCGGAAAAUCACGAAGUCAGUCUUCCAUCGUUCAAAUUAGUUCCAAGUCUUCCAGGCCUUUACCGGCCCCUAAGCCCGGGCCUGUGGUCGUCGAGGUUAUUCUGACCCGUGGGACCCGAAGUGGUUUGGGAUUUAGCAUUGCCGGUGGAGUGAACAAUGAAGCGGUGGAUGGAGAUCCGGGAAUUUUUAUUACCAAGAUGACUCCUGGAGGCGUGGCUGACACUGACGGUCGACUGCACGUUGGGGACAGAAUAGUUCAAGUGAACGGGAUCUCGCUGGUCGAGGUGUCCCACGAACAGGCGGUGAACGCUCUAAAACAAGCCGGUGACCGUGUACAGAUGAUUGUGGUCAAACAACCUGGAGUAAAAAUGGCGAAAACCUCUAGAGCAAUCAAAACAGAAUCCGUCGUACGACAGCAGCUGCCACAUUCCAAUUCUUGUGACACAAUAUCCAAUCAAGUCACUUCUCCUGAUUCUGCUCGACUGAGCGGGGCGCCUAUUCACAACCAUCGGCUUCGUCGUUCGUCUUCAUCAUCUUCUGCUGAGUUGGAUAAACAGGCGGAGUAUCUGGAACAGCCCACCGCCAAAUCCCAAGGCGGCGGUGACGGCCAUUGUCAAGGACUGCUCGAAGCUCAAAUGUCCGGUUUGAUUGACUACGCCGCUGCUGCAUCCGUAGCGGACCUCGUGUCCCGUUGGCCGAAUGCGCGCCUGGUCACGGUGUUUCGCAGUGGUCGCUCGGUUGGUGCAACAUCCCCAGCUCACCCAGUUUCACAUUCCCCGAACAAAAGGCACCGCAGUCAAUCUGUCGGUGGGAAUCUUGGUUUGCACAUUGUCGGUGGGGACGGUUCGGAGGCCACAUUUAUCUCCUACGUGCAUCCUACCAAACCCGCGGGGGCAUCGAAACGUUUGUUUGUCGGUGAUCGUGUUUUAGCAGUGAAUGGCAUCGAUGUGACCGAAUACGGUCACGAACAGGCCGCCGCGGCUUUACGAAACGCACCCGACCGAGUGGAUUUAGUGCUCGCGUAUUGUCCUGAAGAGUAUGCGGAGUUUGAACGUUGCUACGCGCGACAACUCAGAGCAGUCGGUCACAAACUUUCGCAUCAAACCGCCAAACGCCUACAAACUGAACUGCAUGGAACACGUCCAGGCAAACAGCGCCAUCGCAAGCGCUCAACUGGGGAAUCCAAAAGUCUCACACAUCGUGUUCAGCACACUGAAUCCACACCAACCAGCUCGCCAAGUGAUGCAAAGGAGAUUUUCCUGAGGUGCCAGGUCGACUAUGAUCCACUGAAAGAUAGUCACCAGGCCGCUCCCAAGAAAGCGUUUACGCUGCGUUCUGGAGAUCUAAUCUGCGUGACAAAUCAAACGGACCCCGAAUGGUGGCAAGCACAACGCUUAAAUCCGACUGCAAACGAGCCGAUUGGUCCAGUUGGUUUGGUACCAAGCAGAGCUAGACUGGAGCGGCGGGAACGACUUCGGACACGGCAUGUGAACUUCUUUGCCCGAACCAGGCGUCCUUCUACGAGCGGAUCGACAACUCACUCCCAGGGUGGUGGACUUGAUGCAGAGGAACAUGCGACAAACCAACGGUUGGGGUUUUCUUUGACAGACAAGAAGAAGGAAAGACAUCGCCGGAAAGACAGUGACACCUCUGACAGCUUUGUACUGUCCUACAUCCCAGUGACUGCAGUCCAGCUGAGUUUUGCCAGACCAGUGGUCAUUCUUGGAUCCAUGAAAGAUCGGAUUUCUGACGAUUUGUUAAACGAAUAUCCGGAUCGAUUUGGCACUGCUGUUCCUCACACGACUCGCAGCAGCCGUCCGAAUGAAGUCGAGGGUCGGGAUUACCACUUUGUGCUCAGCCGAGAGAUAAUGGUGGCCGACAUUGCUGCACAACGGUACUUGGAGGCCGGUGAGUACAAAGGGAAUUUAUACGGCACCCACCUAGAGUCCGUCUUCGAAGUGGCCGAACUAGGUCUGCACUGUCUACUGGAUGUAGGAGGACCAGCUCUGCGACGAUUGGAGGCAGCUGGAUUGCCAUCGAUUGCAGUUCUGAUUCUUCCAGAAGCUUUCCCCCCUCAGAAUUCGGGUUCUCAACUUGACGUGAAGAAACCAUUUGAAGAGCAAUCACAGCUCUUGGGGUCGUCUGACUCUGCGUCAUCCCUCAACGCACAAACUAAGAUUUCCCGCCUGCUGCGUCAUUUCUCCGGUUAUCUUACAGGUGAGUACAUUGAGACUUAA